GGUAAGCGCAGCAGGCUGGGAAGGCGUUUCCGGCCGGCCGGCCGCGUCCCGCAGCGGGCUCCGGCGGCUCCCGGCGGCUCCCGGCGGGCAGCCUUCCUGACUUCUUCACUUUGAGCUGAGAGAGUGCCGUGGGUGCUGGUGCUAAGGACCUGGUGCUUUUUGUACGGGCUUUCCACCACCGAACAGGGAGAUUAAGCGUUUUGAUCUUGUACUUUGAAAGCAGCUGACAACGUGCGGUAAUGUGCUGACUGGCACUAUGGGCAGGCGGUACCCAGGGGCUCACUAUCGGCCAAGCAGCUCAUUUGAUUCUGGUGUGGACGCUUUAGCAGCGUUUAUGGCAAGCAGCAGCACGACAGACGUUGUGAAUCGCAAUAAUCCCGCCACGCCACCGAACACCCUUAACCUGCGCUCCUCUCAUAAUGAACUGUUGAAUGCAGAAAUCAAACAUACAGAGACCAAGAACAGCACUCCUCCAAAAUGCAGGAAAAAAUAUGCACUAACUAACAUUCAGACAGCCAUGGGUCUUUCUGAUCCAGCAGCACAGCCCCUUCUGGGGAACAGCUCUGCCAAUAUAAAGCUGGUGAAGAAUGGAGAAAACCAGCUCAGAAAAGCUGCAGAGCAGGGACAGCAGGAUCCCAACAAAAACCUCAGUUCCACUGCAGGCAUAAACAUAACUUCUGAGAAGUUUGAAGGUAAAGAGCCAAUCCCACAGGAUUUCUCAGGCUGUGAAAUAUUACCUUCACAGCCAAGGAGAACCAAGAGCUUCCUAAAUUACUAUGCAGAUCUGGAAACGUCCACUAGAGAACUAGAUCAGAGUUUUGUGGCAAUGGAAGAUAACUGUGCGCAAAGCAACAGCCAGGCUUCCACCGUUCUUGUCAACGGAGAAGUCCUGCCCCGGAAACAAAACAAGCUGUCGAGCCCAGAGGACGGCCAAGUUGCCAUGGUGUCAUCAAGUCCCGAGACUAAGAAAGACCACCCUAAAACUGGGGCCAAAACAGACUGCGCACUACACAGGAUUCAAAACCUCGCUCCGAGUGACGAGGACUCCAGCUGGACAACGCUGUCGCAGGACAGUGCUUCCCCAAGUUCGCCCGAUGAAACAGCAGAUAUAUGGAGUGAUCAGUCAUUUCAGACAGACCCAGACUUACCACCUGGCUGGAAAAAGAUCAAUGACAUUGCUGGAAUCUACUACUGGCACAUACCAACAGGAACAACUCAAUGGCAGCGUCCUGUGUCCAUAUCAGCAGAUCUCCAGGGCUCACGGAAAGGAUCACUUGGCUCCAUUACUCCAUCUCCCACUCCAGAAACUGAGAAACAGCCUUGGAGUGAUUUUGCUGUACUGAAUGGGGGAAAGAUUAAUAGUGACAUUUGGAAGGAUCUGCAUGCAGCCACUGUGAAUCCAGACCCAAGUCUAAAAGAAUUUGAAGGAGCAACAUUACGCUAUGCCUCUUUGAAGCUCAGAAAUGCUCCACAGUCUGAUGAUGAUGAUUCCUGUAGCAUCAACAGUGAUCCAGAAGCCAAGUGCUUUGCUGUGCGCUCUCUGGGCUGGGUAGAAAUGGCAGAGGAAGAUCUUGCUCCUGGAAAAAGCAGCGUUGCUGUGAACAACUGCAUCAGACAACUCUCAUAUUGUAAAAACGACAUCAGAGACACUGUUGGCAUUUGGGGAGAGGGCAAAGACAUGUACCUUAUCCUGGAAAACGACAUGCUGAACCUGAUCGACCCCAUGGAUCGCACCGUUCUGCAUUCGCAGCCCAUCGUGAGCAUCAGAGUUUGGGGAGUGGGUCGUGACAACGGCCGAGACUUUGCUUAUGUGGCAAGAGACAAAGAUACAAGAAUUCUGAAAUGUCAUGUGUUUCGAUGUGACACACCAGCAAAAGCCAUCGCCACAAGUUUACACGAAAUCUGCUCAAAGAUUAUGGCUGAACGGAAGAAUGCUAAAGCUAUGGCUUGCAACUCAUUACAAGACAGGGCAAAUGUCACCCUUGAUGUUCCCCUGCAAGUAGACUUCCCAACACCAAAGACAGAACUUGUACAGAAGUUCCACGUGCAGUACCUUGGCAUGCUGCCCGUGGCUAAGCCUGUCGGAAUGGAUACUCUGAACAGUGCUAUCGAAAGUCUGAUGGCUUCCUCUAGCAAAGAAGACUGGGUGCCAGUUACCAUGAAUGUUGCUGAUGCUACUGUCACAGUUAUCAAUGAAAGAAAUGAAGAGGACAUCGUGGUGGAAUGUCGUGUCCGGUUCCUGUCCUUUAUGGGAGUAGGCAAGGAUGUCCACACAUUUGCCUUCAUUAUGGAUACAGGAAACCAGCAUUUUGAGUGCCAUGUUUUUUGGUGUGAACCAAAUGCAGGCAAUGUAUCAGAAGCUGUUCAGGCUGCUUGUAUGUUACGGUAUCAGAAGUGCUUAGUAGCCAGACCUCCUUCACAGAAAGUUCGACCACCCCCACCUCCUGCAGAUUCGGUGACUAGAAGAGUUACAACUAAUGUAAAAAGAGGAGUGUUGUCCCUCAUUGACACUUUGAAACAGAAACGCUCCAUCUCGGAGAUGCCGUAGCUGCAUAAAAGAGAAGAUUCUCGUAACAUUUAACUGAAGAUAACAGUAACUACACUAAAGAAAAUGAACUGAUGAUGUCCGGCCUUCCAUUUUAAAUUGCUGACGCUUUGUCUCCAGAGAAUUUAUCUAUAUCAAAACAAUGUUAGACAAGCAUGUUCUCUCAUUCUUGCCACCGUCGUGUGAUAUGAAAAGAAGCAUGAAUAAUUUUUUUUGCUGUCAGUGAGUUACAUCAUGAGCAAUGGAAGGUCUGUUUCUGACUGUAAAUACAUGAACAUUACCUAAAUUCACACACAAAGAAUAUGGCCACGUCCCUCCUAGUGAACUCAUGCUAAAGUCCUUGGAGUGAAUGAUGCCUAAGUUGAUAGUUUUCACUGUCUUGAGCUGGAUUUGUCGCGAAUCAAUCUUAAACCCUACAGCACUUUGCUCUGUUCUCAACACUGGAGUAGGUACCAAGUGUUAGCUACAAUUGGAUUACUGUAGUUUAAAUACUGGGGAGGUUUUGUUGUUGUUUGAGGGUUUUUUUUUGCAAAACUACACCUGUUAGUUUUAAAUUGUCGGCAUCCGUCUAGCGAUCACUUUAACAGCAAUCCCUGAUGUGCUUCUGAACCAUGGUGUCACCUCAUCGGCUGUUAUUACAUUAUUAGAGAAGGAUCAUGUUUAAUAUCUAACCAAUGCUGAAGAAUCUAGAAGUGUUUCGAGUAACUGAAUUCAGGGGGAUUGGCUGAAGCCUUUCAUGUUUAACCAUACAAAUGUACAUGUUGACUGUUAUUCUCCCAAGUCUUUAUUAAGGGAUCAAAAAUAGAGUUUGCUUCCCAGAAGGCUCAUACCAACCAGAAGAAAAAACUAGUCAGUCAUUUUACUGUGUCAAAACUCCUAAAGACUAAAAUGUUACAUACUUCUCCCAUAUAAGUGUUUGAUCAAAUGUUCGCUUCAGCGUCUGUUUGCACAAUUUUCCCUUCCCCUCAGUUUGUUGCUGAAUACUUAACAUGCCAUAAAAAGAACAAUCAUGUCUUGUUUUUUACCACAUUCUAUGAAUUUCUUUUAAUGCUCUGUGACAAAAUAAUGAAAGAAUUUUCUAAUAGGUUAUAGUGCUUCAGAUGGUGCAACCUGAUUGCAGUGCUUUUGCUCCAAAGGCUUCAUGUAGUCGCACAGAUCCACACUACUGCAAAUUCUGCCAAAGUAAGCACAGUAUUGCCCCUUAAGAUUGUACCUCACACUAAUUUUCAAAUGCAGUUACACAUUUUUAGUUUCUGCCCUUGCCGUCUUCUGUUUAGACCUGCAGUUUCAUACAAAUUGUGAAAAGGGAAUAUUAAAAAUGUUUUUAACUGAUGUUAAUAAUGCAGUGCCUCCAUUUAUAUAUAUUUUCCAAAUAUAACUGUCUCCCAAGUCUGCAAACUUGGUAAUACUGUAAUUUUAAAAGAACAUUUUCAAGGCCGCUAUGGCAAGAACUCUUUUCUACUUUAAUAUGCAAGGGACUGCUACACUAUCUCUUUUUUUUUUUCCUUAUUAUUUAACAAAAAAAAAAAUCAGUAGCAAUCCCUGGAGAAGGCAAGUUAUGAAUACAAUGGGAAAGCAACGAUGAUUCAAGAGAUUUCUGCAUUGAAAAUAUAGGAAAAUUACUAAAAUAAACUCAGCCUGAUGUAUGAGCAAGUGCCAGGGUAGGCUAGCUAUGCAACUAGUGUAAUUAAAAUUAGCCCUCUGUAAUACUGUCUGAAGAGCUGAUCCUCCACUGAUCUCGAAAUCUCUUCUAGGACAGAGAUUCUGCACCUCAGGCAGUGAAACAAUCUUUCGCCUCUCAAGCCUCACAUUCCCACUUCCUCCUUUGCACCAGCUCUAUUGCUUAUACAGUAGUUGGAGGAUAAAUCAGAUCGAUGAUAGGCUUAAUGUGAAUAAGCUCGAACAGAGAAAUGGGGCAGGCCUGUGAAUUUCACCCAGUUUGCUGCUUGGCCAUGCAGAUGACUGUUGAUACAAGGCAGGCAUGGAGAGCACAUAGCUGGAGGUGAGGAAAAUCACCCCUUCAAGCAGCAGCACUGGUUUAAACUGACCAUUAAGCAAGAUGCCAAAGCAUGGAAGCAGCAGCUUCCAUACUUGCUCAUUCUGGUUCUCUAGUUUCUGGGAGCUCCCACUGAAGCCUGCUAGGAAUAAUGAUUCCUAUCAUGAUGGCUACCAAAAGUCAUCAGAUGGUAACUGAGUAUGUCUUCAAGUAGGAUCAUGAAGUUAAGAGAUAAAAGGUUCCUAUCAUCAUCCUACUGAAUUAUUGAACUUUGACUUUAAAUUACAGCAAAUUAUUUGGUCUUGUCUUUAUUUAAAGUUCAGUCUGAAAACUCCAGGAUUUGGAUUUGCAGCUGUCCUACAACAAUGAAUUUUAAAUAGUAGAAUUCAGUUCUGUAGUUGCAUCCAUAUAGUGCUGAUUCUCCCAGACAGAAACACAGACUCUAUAUUUAAACUAAACACUUCAUAAACAGCAGUUAAAAAAAAAAAGGAAAAAAAGAAAAAAGGUUUUUUUUCAGUGUGUGUCAUCCUGGCUAUGAACAUCUAGUUGGGCAUCACUAUUGAAGUGUUCAACUGGGAAGCACUGAGAAAGGUAUUUGGAAAGCUGUAGGUUACUUGCCAAUGUAUGUUUUAAGAGUUUUGUGCCUGCUACCAAAAUGUUUUGAUUUUGCAGAUAUUUAAGUAAGUAAGUAGUGUGCUUAAAGAUCAGAACGUGAGCGGCCCUUUUGCUUCAGUAGAGCUCCUUAUUCUCCAAAAGAUUAAAUACACACCCAGCUGGGGUUUUUUUUGCAGAAUUGGAGCCUAAUAUUGCAAAGCCAGUUAUCCUUUUUUAAACAGUAUGUUAAGGCACUCUUACCAUGGCCAAAAAAAAGUAUGUAUGGAGUAUGUGUGUUGGAGCAACUGCCAGUGUUUUUUAAUUAACAUUAUAGUGACCCUUCAGUUAUCUAUGCAUUUUUUUAUAAUACGUAGUGAUUCUGUAGGCAGACAGCCAUGUUCACUAUGCCUUGUAUGUCUGAUGUCAUAUUUUAAAUUAACCUGUUAAAUACAGCUUAAAAUAUUUUUAUUUUAUUUAUUCUAUUUUUACUGAAAUAUCCUGCAUUAUUAUGUUGAUGUAUUUGUCUUUUCUGGACAUGAUCUUGCAAAAGUCUUCACUCUGUGUACUAUAGGUUGCCUAAAAAAAAAGGUGGGCUUUGUAAUUAUUUGUAGUAACAUUUUUAUUGAAGUCUGUAGAAAAAUCAUGUAAAGCUAAUUUCUUAAUUUUUUUCAAUGCAAGUAGUAAGUUAGAGAUAAGAAUCACAUGUCAGUCAUGUCAUUAAUAUACUCCCUUGCAAGGGGAUUUAUAGUCACAGUCAGUGACUACAGAAGAAGCCUUUCUUUUGAAAUCUGCAGUGUUAACUGUAGGUUUUAUUUAAGCCACUUACUAUUUCAUUUAAAGGAGAGAAAGAGGGUGUGGGAAGCGUAAGCCUAUACAGGCCACCUACCAGUUGGUUAAAUAGGAAUAACAAGAAUUGCAUGAAAGGGCAUUGAUUCUACUUACAAUAAAACGAAUUCUUAAUGAUAAACUUUGUGUGCAGAACUGCCUGUACCUAUCCAAAUAGUACGCCCUUUUGUGACAGAGAAAGAAAAGUGGUGGAAUAACUAAUGGUUUAUGCCAGUUCUGUGUCAUUUACUAAGAGUUCUACAUCGCUUUUCUUUUAUCAAGCAUUUUUAGAUCUUUUAUUAAAUGAUUUAUGAAUUUUUAGUAAAUCAUGUGUGGGAAACAGAACUUUUCUUAUUUCCACAGCUAAUAGGGGCUCAGCCUUUACAGCAUUACCAUUAACACCAUUACUCCUUUCUUGGGCAGGUUAAUUGUGUAAUACAUUGCUAAGACCUGUGCUGUACAGUCAGCAAUAGUAGGUUUGAUUUAUUUUAACAACAGUAAGAAAGAAGGAAAAACACCCAUUGUUUAUCAGCAGAGCUCAGUGUUAAAUAAAGUACCUGACAGACACCGAAAAAGACAAUUUUCCCUGCUGUUGACCACUCUACACAUUUACAUGUAAUCUGUUCUGAGAAUAAAUUUAGCUGCAUAAAA